AACAAAAUACAAUAUGCUCAACUUACAGUACAUGUGGGUUGGAUAAAUUUAGAUAUAAUCAACUUAUUACGACUUACAUACAAUUCCCAUCUUACAUUUUUACCUCAAAACUUCUGACUUCAUCAUACCAGUUGUCCAUAUCAAUAUUGAUUAGGUAUACCUAUUGUAUAUUAGCCCAUAUUUCAAUACUAUACCUUUGCCUAGAACAUUAGUUGACCUGUAUAAUUGUUGAUUACUGCAUUGAUUUGAACUCAACUGCAGUAAGUAAGAAAAUAGGUACAUACCUAUUCUAUAUACUUGUUUUAAUUCAAUAAUAUUUUAACAAAUCCAUCUAAUUAUUUAAUAAUUUCUUAACAUCAGUAUUUUAUUGGUUUUGGCAUUCAUGUAGCAGGUGAUCUACCACGGUUUAGUAAUCUGUGAAUUCGGGACAAGUAAUCUACGUACAAAUUAAAAAUAUGUUAUUUUUAAUACUAUACCUACCUACUAUUUUUAUAUAUAAAAACACAUUUUAUUUUGAUUACGUCAUAUCAUACAAAUGUUCAUCAAAUAUCAAAAAAUAAAUAAUAAAUAGCCAAUUAUAAAAAAAAUUCCAAGUACAGACCUAAACAUUUUUAAUAUCAAUCAAGCAUUUUAUAAAAGUAUGUUGAAGAUUUACUGACCUCCACCAUGCUUCAAUUAGAUAACUAUGUAAAAGUUCCUAUGUAAUGCCAUGCAUUUUUCGAAGUAUUUUCAUUUUAAGAUUUAACCAAUGGCAUUCUAUUGUCUGGGUGUUGGCUUCUGUUAGCGGUUAAUACAAUUUUAUUUUUAGAAUGGUUUACAGUCAAGUGAUUAUAAUCUUUAUUUAGUAAAACUUUAUAGGGUUUUCUUUCAUCUGACAUGAUUGUUGUUCCUAGAAGUAUUUCUUUUCCAAUUAUUGAAAUAAGUGUAACUCUAACCCAAUGUUCAACAACAACAAAAACAUUUCAAAAACCCAAAAAAAACCCCCUUCAAUUUUGUAUGAAGCUUUAACACGAUUAUGAGAUUAAAAUUAAUCACAACUUGUAAAAUAUAUUCAAAGCUGUUACCUAUGUCAGUAAAAGAAAUGGAUACCAUUCAGGCUUUAUCUUGUGAAAAGCAAGUUCUGAUAUCCAAAGAAUGUGAACCAACAAAUUUUAGAAAUAACUCUGCAAGAAUACUAGAAGAUUUACAAUCUCUACGCAAAAAUGAAGUUUUAUGUGAUAUUAGAUUUGAAGCAGAUAAUGGUAAAAUUAUUAUUGGACAUAAAAAUGUGUUAAUAGCGGCUAGUCCAUAUUUCCGUGCAAUGUUUAGUAAUUUUUAUGAGAGCAACAAAGAUCUUGUUACUAUAAGAGAAUUAGAUUCCACCAUUUCACAGCUGUUAGUAGAUUAUAUUUAUACUGGAGAAAUUAUAAUCACAAAAGAAAACGUACAGGCAUUGUUAUCAUCAGCAAAUGUAUUACAGUUAGAUUAUGUAAAUGAUAUAUGUGCUGAGUUUUUACAAAAACAAAUGGAUUCAUCAAAUUGUAUUGGUAUCAAAGCAUUUGCCUCGGCAUUUGCUGACUUACAUAACUGUACAAAAUUGUUGUCGAGUUCUGAAGCAUAUAUUAAACAAAAAUUUUUAGAAGUAGCUAAAGGCGAAGAUUUUCUAUCUUUAUCUUCUGAAGAUUUGGUGAAGCUUAUUUCCUCUAAUGACCUUGCUGUUCCAUUUGAAGAAAAAGUAUUUGAAUGUGUUAUGAAAUGGGUAAAACAUGAUUCGGAACAUAGAAUAGAUUUUUUGUCAAAGUUAAUGGAACAUGUACGUUUGCCAUUAUUAAAGCCUGAUAUAUUAUUUAAUAUAUUUAAAGAACCUCUUCUAAGCAAUAGUUCUAAAUGUAACAAUUAUAUAAUCGAAUCAUUUUAUUUUAAUCAUCAAAAAUGUGUUCAGCCUUCCACCAUUCCAAAAAUGAUUAGGUUUAAACCUAGACAGUUUGAUGGUUCUCAAAAAGUUAUUUUAAUGUUUAAUGAGUCUGAUACAUCACCAAAGUGUUAUACAGAAUGGUAUGACCCAGCAACCAAGGUAAGAGGGAAUGCACCAGGGAUAAAUGAUUGUCGUGACACAGCUGGCUUUGGCGUAAUAAGUGAUCAAUAUGUGUUUGUUGUGGGAGGUGUAAAUGAAUUAAGUUCAAAAUCUGUUAGUAUGCUUGAUGUAUCUUCACAAUCACCCUCUUGGUUGCCAUUAAUCGAAAUGUUAGUUAGUCGAAGAUUAUUGGGAGUUGGAAUAUUGAAUGAUUGUAUAUAUGCAGUUGGUGGACGUGACGACACCGGUUUGUUAAAUAGCGUAGAGGUAUUUGAUGUCAGUAUUCAAAAAUGGCAUAUGGUUUCGAGUAUGUCAAUUAAGAGAAGUAGUCUGGGUGUUGGUGUUUUCAAUAAUCAUUUAUAUGCGGUGGCUAAUUAUAUUAUUUAUUUAUUUUUAAUUUGUAAUACAUUUAUAUUUUAUUUUGUAAGUUGGGGGUGCUUCUAAUAGUAGAAGUUUGAAAUCAGUGGAAUAUUAUGAUCCCACACUUGACGCUUGGACACCAGUUGCAGACAUGUUGGUAUGUCGUAACGGUGUUGGUGUAGGUGUUUUGAACAGUCUGAUAUAUGCUAUUGGUGGCUCUAAUAAAGAGUAUCUUAAAAGUGUAGAGGUUUAUAGUCCCAGCAAUGGAGUUUGGUCUUAUAUAGCUGAUAUGCAUUUUUCUCGAUACAGGCCUGGUAACUAAAAUAAUAAUUAUUAUAGGACUAACUUUAAUUAUAUUUUUAUUAUGAAUAAUAUUUAUUUAUUUUU